AUGCCUGGAAAGGACCCGAAGAUUUCCAAGAAAGAAUGGGUACAAGAGUUCCCUGAAUUCAUGAACUCAUCGAACAAGAAGCAGAUGUUACCCGAGACUUUCAAUUGUCUUUUCCAUGUCGUCAGGCUUGAGACGGGCUCGACGUAUUCGCAAUCAGGACCACCAGGGGCUACCACUGAUUCCAAGACCAUCGACCAUUGUGUUUCGUUGAUGGUCGAGAGUCAUGAGUACUCCUUGUGCGCGGGUGAGCUGAAGCCAUGGUGUGUCAUUCAGAAGGACGAAUAG